AUGAUUUGGGUGUUACUUGUCAUACUCGGGUUGAGCAAUGUUACACAUCAACAAAGCCUCGCAAACAGUCUUUUUGCUGAGGAAGGAACGUCUCCUGGUUUUGUGACUAGGAUAAAUAAAAAGGCGUUGAGCAUUGUCUCGGAUCAGUUAAAAGAUAGAGUUAUUAAAUUCAUGAAUUCCGAUGGACUCGAAUUCAAUAUUUCAGCUCCUUUGACAAAUCAAGUCCGGUUUACGUUACGGUCAUCCCGGAUAAUUUCAUUCGAUGAACUUUUCUUCGACUCUUCCAUGUCGAUUGUUCCACAAAAAGGAAUUUCAUGGACGGGAACCAACAUCAAUGUGACGUUAUUGGCAAGCUUCAGUCUGUUAACAACGCAAGGCGAAAUCACAGGAAAUGUUCCGUUGUCGUUUGACAAAACUAAUGUCGAACUUCUUCUGUGGACCGGAGUGAAUGGGGACGGUCACUUGAAAACCGAUUUGAUCACAUGCAAAGUUGCAGCUAACAACUUGCAGCUUCAGUUCAGCCAAGCUGAUUCCGCUUUACUUGCCAACUAUAUCCCACAUAUGCAGAACUUUAUCAGACAAACCGUUGAACAGGUUGUGUGCCCUUCAUUCCAUGCCGAACUCGUUCCAGUUCUUUCCAAUAGAAUUAUGAAUACUCCACUUAGCGCAUCUCUCUUUGAACAAUAUUUCAUCAAUUACGCUCUUCUAGGACCUGUUGAAUUCUCCAACCAAGCAAUCACCCUUAAACACCGAGGAAACUCAUUUGGAAUUUUGAGACAAGGAAGAACUCGUCUCAACGACUUCAGACUCCCGUACCGUAGUCCACCACUCAAUGUUCCAACUGCCGAUUCGGGACAUAUGAUUGACUUCUAUCUCUCUAAUUAUACCAUGAGUUCACUUCUCUUCUGGAUGGACCAAUACAGAAAAUUCGAUUAUGAGAUCAGUAGACAGGCAACCAAUAAUUCUGCAUUAGUCGGAUAUCUGAAGACAGAUUGCGGAACUGGAGAUAUUUGCGCAGGAACCUUGUUCCCAGCUCUCGGAACUCGUUUCCCAGGAGGAGAAGUUGUGAUCAAGUCGCAUACAGUCUCUUAUCCAAGAGUGGUACUUAAAAAGAACAAUAUGACAAUUUAUAUCGACAGUCGAGUGGACGCAUUUGUACAGCAACAAGAUCGCAGUCGCCGCUUCCUUACCGCUUCGAUGAACGCCGAAGUGAAACUGGAUAAGCCAUCCUUCAAAGAUUUCGUUCUUCACGGAGAAUUGAGAAUUGAUAAAUUCAAGGUUUCAGAUGUAGCAUCUCUAGUUGAUGGUAUCGAUGAGGGAUCAUUGGAGUUCUUGGUCAACGCUCUCACGGAAUUGAUUCUGAAUGAGGAUAUGGCUAAGAAAUUGAAGAGUGGAAUUCAACUCCCAAUUAUGUUUGAUUACACUCAACAAGCAGCUAAUGUUAGCUUUGAAGAGGACAUGGUGCACAUUUCUGCCGACUUCUGCGCCACCGACAAAUGCUCCACAACGGCCGACAACAAAGACACCGACGUCGACUACUAUGACACAGUACAGGGUUAA